CAGUCAGCAGUUCACCUAGAAAAUUCUCGCCAUGUGAUGUUGAUGAUGCCUUGAAUCACUAAUCAAAUUUUUUUCCUAAGAUUGUUCUUUUUAAAAUUUUUAUCAUACGUGCAGUUAGUAAUUCUUUAGUUCGAUUUUGUUCCGUUCAGUAUUUCUGAGGUUGUCCGCGUUCCAACUCGCCCCUACUUCGCCGAUCGCCGGACUCAUAACCCUACCAACUACUGGUAGAGUGGCAUGUCGGCAUGCCGUGUCUCUUUCCAUGAGGCUUUCAUGAGGCCCUGAUUCUGCUCUAGAAUAGAAACUCACAGAUAAAUUGUUCAGCAUGGCAACGGAAGGACCUGCAAAGGAAAUAUCCGACAUCAUCCACCAAUGGGAAGAGGCCCACUCUGGAUCAGAUUAUGACCCUACGUCAACCCUUACCCUGCUAUCAGAUAUGCUGGAGGUUGAAUAUGCCAAAUAUCUUGAGACAAAUCCAGAUCCCUUUGAUGAAAGACAUCCAUCUCGAAUUCGACCAACUUGUGCUUUUGGAAAUAUGCUGAAAAUCAUCUUCCGAAAGGAAGCUUUCAUGAACAAGUUAGUUUCAGAUUACCUCAAAGAAAAUUAUUUCACUCGAAAUCAUCGAGAUGGAGAUUACGUCGCAUUAAAUACUGCUGCUUGUCGAUUGACUGUGAAUCUAUUGCUUGGUUUGGAAGCUGCAGCUGUAUUAGGACCAUCACACUCUGAUACUUUAAUCAAGCGUUUGUUCGCAUGGAGUACGGAUGCUCCUGACCCUCUGCAGACUUAUGCCAUCGGCUUUUUAUCAUCUGUGAUGGAAAAUCAAGAUAUGGCCUCAGAUUACCGGGAUGACAAUAGUCGCAUUGUUCCUGUUCUCCUAGAUAGACUCAGCCAAUUAGAAAAUGAAAGGAAGAGUUUGACGCUUACAAACGGUGAUGAGUGUCCUGAUCCUUCAAGCCCACAAAAGGACAGUUGUGAGCCUACACCCAAUAAAAAAGCAAGGAGCUCUCGUCAACAUUCUAAGAAACCUCCCUUGGAAGAAAAUUCUCUACAAACCAAUAAGUCUCCCAGUAAAGCAAAUUCUUUUUCAAGAAAAGCGUCUAGCUCAGGUAGAAGAUCAACCAGCUCAAAGUCAACAAGUCCUUUUGAAAUGAGCGAUUUCACUAAAGUUUCUUGGCAAGAUAAUGAGCCGUUUGUCCUAGGCUUGUGGAAAGUGAACCCUCUCUCUCUAGCAACGAAGGAGAUUUUUAUUCUAAAAUACCUAACAUCCAUGGCAGAAUAUCAGGAGAAUCUGGUCUACAUUUUUGAGAAGCAUGCCUUGGACCUCAUCUUAGGCAUGGUAAAUCCUCAUGAAUCUGAGUAUACACGUGUUUCAUUUGAAGCUCUCAAAUAUCUUGCUGCGCUAUUGUGUCACAAAAAGUUUGCAGUAGAAUUCAUUGGAGUCGGUGGUGUUCAGCACCUGCUUGAGAUUCGAAGACCCAGUCUCAGUGCCAUAGGAGCCUCUGUUUGUUUCUAUUAUUUGGCCUACUGUGAGGAUUCGAUGGAGCGAGUUUGCUUAUUGCCCAAUGACGUUUUAUUAGAUUUGGUCAGUUACAACCUUUGGCUGUUGAAAUAUCGGCAUGAUUCUGGGAGGUGUCAUGCAACCAUGUUUUUCGGCUUUUCAUUCCUAUUCUUGACCAUUUUAAAUGAGUUUGAUCGUCACAAUGGCCUAUGUGAUCUCUAUAAUGUUAUGAGCACAGUUAAAUUACUGGUUGACCCUGAUAAUGAUUUAUUGAACGAGGAUGAAGAAUCCUCAUCCCGGCAAGUUAUUCGUCAUGUCUGUGUUGCCUUAAAACGCUACCUGGAGGCGCACCUUUUCCUGAAAGUUCAGCAACUCCAGUCUAACUCUGAAAUGCCUACAUUCAAGGUCUGCAAAGCAACGCCUGAAAGUGUCGCUGAACAAAUUGAAACUGUUUUGGAAUUGCUUCCGUUCAAAUCCAAGUGGGAGCCUGUGGACAAACUAUAUGAUUAUGGUGCCAUAACUUUGUUAUUACGCGUCAUCAUGUUUGCUUCUGAGUGGAACUAUCCGGGCAGAAUUGAAACAGUUCGAAGUAUCCUAGAUAUUCUGAAUAUUUGUGCAACCAUACCACAAGUAAUGCUUCAACUUUGUGAGGUGAUCGAGCCCCCAGACGAAGCCAACAAUGUAGGAUUGAAUGUGAUCUUAGGUGCAGCAGAAGGUGAGAUUGUCGCUGACCCUGAAGUUCAAAAAGCUGCUCUCAAUGUCCUUAUCACCUGUGUCUGUGCUCCCAUGAAUAGAACAGGUUCAAAAAGCCCAACAGGAUCCCAUAAAAGACGCUCAUCUGUUGGAGGUCUCACUAGUAAAAUGUUGCUAGAGAAAGUGUGGGAGUGCAUCCGCGUCAAUAAUGGUAUCAUGUUGUUACUAUCACUUUUGACAGUGAAAACUCCUCUAACAGAAGCAGAUAGUAUUAGAUGUCUGGCUUGCCAAGCACUUGUGGGACUCGCCAGGAGUGAAACUGUGCGACAGAUACUGAGCGUUCUACCUCUUUUUACCAGUGGAGAAUUAACAAGACUAAUGCGAGAUCCAAUUUUGCAAGAAAAGCGUCAAGAACAUGUUAAGUUCCAGCAGCAUGCCUUGUUCCUCUUAGAGCGAGUUUGUGGGAAAAAACCAGAUGGCUCAGAAAUGGAAGUUUCUCUCUCCAAUAUUCAUAGGGCCAAUGUUAUUGCGCAAACUAAAAUUCAGUACAAUGAAAAGCAACUGUUGACACUGAUACAUCAACACCUGUUAAGUCGUGGUAUGAAGGUGGCAGCUGCAGCAUUGCAAAAAGAAGCGGAGUUACCAGAAUCUAAAGCUCAUUCCCAGAACCCAUUCUUGUCACCUUUUUCAAUUGCGCAAGGAAAGGCUCGAAGUGCCACCCCCAACUCUCCUGUUCAUCGGCCCAAUAACCUCAACCAUCCCGUAGAUAUGAAUUUAACCUCAGGGACACCUUCCUCUAGUAAAUCAACUCCAAUCAAAAUCAAACGAAUAGAACAAACUUGGUCAACCCCUCAGUCAUCUAGUAAAAAAUCCUUCCGGAAGCACGGAUCUAAAGACAGAGCAUUGCCAUCAAGUUCCAGCUUUGAGCAACCCCUUCUGAAGCCAGAAAGAAGAAAUAUUACUCUUGAUUCUAUCGUCACAGAAUAUUUAACCAAUCAACAUGCCCUUUGUAAAAAUCCAAUGGUUGUUUGUCCGCAGUUUAAUUUAUUUGUUCCUCAUAAGUGUCCGGACCCAAAACCCAACAAGUCAGCGCCUUGUAAUUUCACCUUACGCUACUGCAGAGGCAUUAAUUCAAGACGGCUAGAUCAGCGGUUAAUUCACAGUAGAUUUUGCCCUGUCAAAACCUUGAAAUCUAAUGAUGAAGAUGAUGGUGGUUACUUUACUUGCUGUGAAUUUUUUGGUGAUAAAUUUGUAAUUGCUGGAACGUAUGGAGGAGAAGUCAAAGUCUUUAAUAUCAAUACUGGCGUGGAUGAUGUCACAUAUAGUUGUCACGAAUCUUACAUUUCAAAUCUGGAAUGUAAUCGAACGAACAACUUACUGUUAACUUCAAGUCCUUAUCGGCAACCUCUGUCUGCUAUGUGGAAAAUCGAUGGGGUGUUUGAACAGGUGUCCUCUUUUGAGAAUGAAGAACAUGUCGAAUUCAGUAAAUUAACGCAAGAUAGGAUAGUUGGCACAAAUUCUGAAAUAGCAACGAUUUAUGAUGUUGAGACCAAAAAGCAAGUUGUUGUCCUUGCUCCGAAAUUUUCAAAUCAGUACAACCACAACAUAGCCACUUUUAAUCCAACAGAUGAACUGGUUUUGUCUGACGGUAUUCUCUGGGAUGUGAAUUCAGGAAAGCAGAUCUACAAAUUUGAUAAGCUGAAUCAGUCAAUCAGUGGGCGUUUUCACCCAAAUGGUCUUGAAAUUGUUUCAAACACUGAAAUUUGGGAUCUUCGAACUUUUCGGUUGCUAAAAACAGUGCCGGCUCUGGAUCAGUGUUCUAUUAUGUUCUCUCCAACUGCCUCAGUCAUUUAUGCUGCACCUCUCCUGCCGAGGGAACCAGAUGAUGAUAUCCCCCUAGAUACUUCUUUCAAAACAUUUGACUCUUAUGAUUAUUCCAGUAUUGCUACUAUUGAUUUAAAAAGAAAUAUUUACCAUAUAGCAGUCAACAAAUAUGAUACCAACAUUGCAAUCAUAGAAAAUCAAGGCGAAUACAUAAGUGGCAUCGAUGAAUCAAAUGUGAGGAUUUAUGAUGUUGGACGCAGCAAAGAUGAUGCGGAUGAAAAUGAAGUUGUUGAAGAUGAAGAGGAAGACGACUUGGAUAAUUCUGGUUCAGGCUCCGAUGAUGAUGAUGAUGACGACGACCAAGGAGCAGAUGCUGUCAGCAUCAACCUUCUAAGUGGGCUCAGUGAUGAGGAGUUGGAUGAUGAUACAAUCUCUGACAGGGACGGAUCAGACUCUGAAUCCGAUGCCCUUGACAACAUGGACUUUUGAAUUUUCAUCCUGUAAGAAGUUUCAAAUUGAAAUUUUUUAGGGUUUCUUGAGUGUAAAUUAAAUCAUGCCGUACUAGCUUAUUUUCAUAUCUUGAUAGUGUUCUAGCCCCUCAAUGCUUACCAUGGUAUGAAGUAAUUUUGCAUCUGUUUCAUUACUUUUUCAGUAUAAAAGCUCCGGAAUUAUAUAUAUUAAGCUGGGAUCUGUGAUGUUAUUACUUAGUUCUACUUCAAGAAAUUCUACUAAUGCAAGAACGUAGCUUUGUUUUGUGGAAUGAUUUUGUUAUUCUGAGAAUAAUAUACCUUAAAGUAAAUACCAACUCCAAGCUAUGGCUCAAAUGUUCUUUUAAAACCACAAUGAUCCAAGGGUGUUUAAACAAAUUUUAGUUGCUAAGCAAUCAGUACUGUUUGUUUUGAAAUGCUAAUACACUCCGGUCAAGCUACUCUUCUUUUAAAUGGACAGCACUAUCGGAACAGUGUAAGUUCCUAGUGUAAGCAUUGUUCUAGUGUAUUUUCCCAGCCUUCCCAUUUUUUUGCGGCCAUGCAAUCAUUAUCACAUCAUCGGGAAGUUUCUGCAUCCCUGCUAUUUUAUCACGGGACUGUUUCGAUAGCUUACUGAAAACUGAUUAAACAUCCUUACAAUGAUCAAUUGAUUUGAACUAAUCAGUCUAGUUCUUAGCAGACUGUUUCUUAACUUCAAUCAGUGCCUUUUUGAGGUGCUUUUUUAUAAAUUGGAUGAUAAUGCUCUGAAAAUGUAUUAAAAAUGUGUCUAAGUAAUUCACAGCUGUUGGUCCUCACCAACGCAAAUCUUGAAAAAAUUGAACCUUUUAUUAAUUUCAUUGAUUUAUUUUGUUUGUGACUUCUAUUGUCUCUUUUUAGGAUCUAAAUCAUUUUGUGUGUAAGGACCUAAGAAGUUAAGUCUUGUAAAGCAAGAGUUCAGUUUAGCAACAAAUUUGACUACUUUUUAAUGUGCGAAUCGGUCUUUACAAGUUAAUUUCGCAUGAGCUGAUCGUAGUUGGUAAGAGAGGGAAUGUAAAAAUUAGGAAGGUUUUGUAUAUAUUUUCUGUUGGACACUUUUCCGUUUUCAUAAGCAUGAAAAUUUUCUUUACAAUGAUAAGUAUCCAAUAAGGUUGACAUUUGUUUCGGUCAGCUUGCCUUUUCUCAAAUCCUCGAAUUUAGAAACUUUAAAUUUUUUCUUAUCCACACAUCUCAAUAUGCCAUCAUUAAUGUUUUUUUUUAAAUUGCUACUCCACAAAAAAGCCACAAUGAUGAACAAGAUGAGUUUCUAGAGGAAGCUAAAAUGCACUGGCAGAUUUUUGAGGCACUAUUGUUUGGCAAGAAUAUUCCUAAGGCCUAGCAGUAACUUAUUUUUUUAAUGUACUUGUUAGGUCACACAUCUUUGUUCACAUAAGAUUUAAAUAUAUUGUUAUUUUUUCAAUUUCCCUUA